CCACAUCGUGGAUUGGAUCUCGCCAAGCCUCACGUGCCACGAACUUGCGUACUCUCGGUAAAGUUUUGACGAGAAGAAAAGCGAAUCUAGCCAAGUCUCAGCACCUGCAGACCCACUCACUCUGGCCUCCUUGACUCCACCCCCAAAUCCCAUCCCCCCACCUCCGGCCGCCGCAGCGUCUCCCGUCUCCGGCGACAUGGGCACCGUCACCCCCGCCGAUCCGCACCCGGCUUUCCUCGCCGACAAGGGCGCCAGGGUCUUCGUGGCGGGCCACCGCGGGCUGGUGGGCUCGGCCAUCCUGCGCCGCCUCCUCGCGCUCGGCUUCACCGACGUGGUCGUCCGCACGCACGCCGAGCUCGACCUCACCCGCCAGGCCGCCGUCGAGGCCUUCUUCGCCGCCGAGCGGCCCCGCUACGUCGUGCUCGCCGCCGCCAAGGUCGGCGGCAUCCACGCCAACUCCACCUUCCCCGCCGACUUCAUCGCCGCCAACCUCCAGAUCCAGACCAACGUCGUCGACGCCGCGCUGCGCUGCGGCUCCGUCCGCAAGCUCCUCUUCCUCGGCUCCUCCUGCAUCUACCCAAAGUUCGCGCCGCAGCCCAUCCCGGAGGGCUCCCUCCUCUCCGGCCCGCUCGAGCCCACCAACGAGUGGUACGCCGUCGCCAAGAUCGCCGGCAUCAAGAUGUGCCAGGCCUACCGCAUCCAGCACGGCCUCGACGCCGUCUCCGCCAUGCCCACCAAUCUCUACGGCCCCCAGGACAACUUCCAUCCGGAGAACUCACACGUCCUGCCCGCGCUCAUCCGCCGGUUCCACGAGGCCAAGGCCACCAAUGCCCCCGAGGUCGUCGUGUGGGGAUCUGGCUCCCCGCUGCGUGAAUUCUUGCACGUGGAUGACCUUGCUGAUGCGGUGAUCUUCUUGAUGGACCAGUACUCUGGGCUGGAACAUGUAAAUGUGGGGAGUGGAAGUGAGGUUACCAUCAAGGAGCUCGCCGAGCUGGUCAAGGAGGUGGUUGGAUUCCAGGGGAAGCUAGUAUGGGACUCGACCAAGCCGGAUGGCACGCCGAGGAAGCUCAUGGAUAGCUCCAAGAUACAUGGGAUGGGGUGGAAGCCCAAGGUUCCCCUCAAGGAGGGGCUUGUCGAGACAUACAAGUGGUAUGUGGAGAAUGUCAUCGCCGACAAGAAGUAACAGGGUGGUAUCAUGUUCUCCUUUGCCUCUUAAAGUUUGUAUCUUGAUAUGAUCAAUAGUGUUUCUAUUCUUGUUGGAUACUGGAUCACACAAGUACCAGGUAUUAGUGCACCAAAGAAAAGAGGUUGCUAUGUGUUGGUCGAAUAAUAUAUUGGUCAAAUUAGUGUACCAUUAGAAUCUUAAUUGAUGCUGAGCGUGUUCUUUUAUUACAGAAAGUGUAACACUUUAUACAUUGGAUGGUAACUGGCCUACACUCGUUCUUUACCAAUUCAGCAUGAAACAGAUAUUGAAGAGUUCA